CGUGCCCAGAACGACAUUCGCAAGCUCCUUCGUAUGCCCGAGAUCGAAAUCCCAAAGAAGGAUCGGGUGGCAACUCCCAUACAAAUGUCUUGUGCGCUCAUGGAGCACCAAAAGAUAGCCUUGAAAUGGCUCAAGGAUCAGGAAAAUGACAGUCACAAACGAGGCGGUCUGCUGGCAGAUACGAUGGGGUUGGGCAAAACCAUUGAGGCUUUGGCUCUGAUUGUGGCCCACAGACCGUCAGGGCCUGGCCCCAAGACGACUCUAAUUGUCGCUCCGCUAGCCCUGCUGAAGCAAUGGGACAGAGAGAUCGCUAGCAAGCUGAAACCAGCUUACAAGCUCAGCACCUUUAUCUACCAUGGCCAACAAAAGCGUGCUCGCGCGGCUUCUCAGCUGCACCAGUUCGACAUCGUGAUCACCACGUACGAAACCAUUGCUUCAGAACACAGAAGAUAUGAGGACAGCCGCCGACGAAGCUCUCGAAUUUUUGGCCAUGGAAACAAGUUCUACAGGAUCAUCCUCGACGAAGCCCACAAGAUCAAGAACCGGUCUGCCCUGUGCUCCAAAGCCGUGGUCGAGCUCGAUGCCAAGUACAGGCUGUGCAUGACUGGAACGCCCUUCAUGAACAACACGGGCGAGAUCUACUCGCUGAUUCGGUUCCUGCAUAUCAAGCCCUACGAUGACUGGCAGCGCUUCAGUCGGGAUAUCGAGCGCCCGCUUCACGCUUGGGAUGAGGACGUUCACAAUGAGGCUAUACGUAAACUCCAAGUGCUGUUCCGCAGCUUCACUCUCCGCCGCUCCAAGGACAGCUACCUCGAUGGGGUGCCCAUCAUCCAGCUACCUAAGAUAUCCAUCUCUAUAACCGCGGCAGAAUUCAACGAGGACCAGCAUGCUUUCUACGAUGCACUCGAACAGAAACAGCAAAUACAGUUCAACAAGUACAUUAAAGGGGGAAAGCUUAGCAGAGUAUACACUCUCAUCCUGGUUCUUCUUCUUCGUCUUCGCCAGGCGUGUUGUCAUCCUCACCUCAUUAAAAAUCACGGUAUUCCCGACGAAGCUCAGUUGGACGGCGAACAGAUGGUUCAGCUCGCGUUGAAACUAGAUCACAACGCCGUGAACAGGAUCACAAGGAAGAGGGAUUUCCAGUGCCCGCUCUGUGACGAAGUAGCCGAGGUCCCAAUGAUCAUCUAUCCUUGUGGUCAUGACAUCUGCGCCGAUUGCUUCAGCACAAUGAUGCAAUUAGCCAGUGAGGCUCAAAAGGGACCAGAACAAUCUUACCUUGGCAUCCCACUGGACAAUACUGCGAUGGAUACAGUGUGUCCGCAUGUUGGCUGUGACUCUGAAAUUCAUCCAAAGAAGGUCCUUUGCCAGAGUUUCUUUUUAGACGCUUAUUCGCAAGAUGCCUCGGAAGAUAAGCAGACAAUGGCCCAGCUGCGGACGUCUGCGCCCACGAGCAAAGCAGCCAAAGCCAAGUACCUCACUCGGCUCCACACCGAAUUUGAACCCAGCGCCAAAACCGAUGUGACCAUGAAACUGCUCCGCUCGAUCCGCGAAAAUCAUCCCACAGAGAAGACCCUUGUCUUCAGCAUCUGGACAUCUUUUCUAGAUCUUCUCGAGGUCCCUCUACGGGACCAGGGCUUCCGCUACCUCCGCUACGACGGAAGCAUGGCAUUUGAUGAGCGAGAUGACAAUGUCAAGGCGUUCUCGGAGAAGCCUGACGUGAAGGUCCUGCUCGUCAGUCUGAUGGCCGGCAACGCUGGUCUGAACCUCACGGCGGCCAGCCAUGUCAUCAUACUCACGCCCCACUGGAAUCCAUAUGUAGAGGACCAAGCGAUCGAUCGAGCGCAUCGGAUCGGCCAGAAGAGGCGCGUCCAUGUCCACAAAGUCUUGGUGGCGGGGACGGUGGAGGAUCGCAUGAUGGAGCUGCAGGAGAAAAAGCGUAGGUUGGUAAGCGCGGCUCUUAGUGAGGAGGGCGCGCGGGGCGCGGGUCGUUUGAGCGUUGACGAGCUGAGGAGACUCUUUGGCAUACACUGAGGCAUUCCUGCAGUUGGACAUGCUACUGAUUGAUUUGGGAGCCACCAUUGGCAUCAAGGCCGAGAGUGAAUAAUGGUCAUCUAAUUUCUUGUCUUUGCAACUUCGUGCACUCUGCCAUCGAGCAGCACAUACUUAGUCUAUGCGAUCUUCAUUUCAGAG